AUGGAUGAAUGCCCUACUCCAAAAAUAUUCCCACUUCGUUUAGAAGAAGAUCUAUUAGAAGAACUAAAUGACUUAAGAUAUCUUCAUGGUAUGGGCAAUUGGCCAAUAAAAUUAAGCAAUAUAUCAGAUCAUGCUAAAAUGGUACGAGAAUGCAUUUGGCUUUGGGGUGCCAAUACCAAUAGCCUCGAUAUGUCAAAUCAUAAAGUAGAAGAAGGUCUUCCAUGUUCAGAUGUAUACACCCGUGGAGCCGCGGGUUUUGGAUUUUCAUCUUUAUCUGGUUCUGGUGGUAAUCUAAAAACUGGAUAUAUGCUUUGGAUUCUAAUUGAUGAAAAUUUUGAAGGAAUGGGUCAUCGAUCAGCGAUGUUUUCACCAGCAUUUUACCGAACUCGCUUUUACAUGGGUAGGAAAAACAAUCCUCCUAUCAAUGGAAAACCUGUCGCAGUUUCUGAUUAUUUUGCUGUCCUCAGUGCAUACUACACUCAUACAGAUCCCAGUUUAAGUGUUCUUAGAAUGAAUUAUGAAAACUUCCCACGUCCUGAAUGGAUUGCACUUCCUCCUCCAGGAUAUAUUGAUUAUACACUUGUUCCUCAGGUUUGGACUUUUCAAUCUCCAAAGAUAGAUUGUAACAAUGUUAUAUACAGAGCCUACAUUAAUGGAACUCUCUUACAACCUCUAGAUGGCUUUCAGAAUGGCGGAUUCAAUGAUGGUGGCGAUUUUAGUACAACUGAUGGUGUUGCAUUUACAAGAACAACCGGAUAUGAUACAGGAUACCGUUAUAGUUCAAGUUAUGCAGUUUAUCCUUAUCCAGGGUCCUUAAUUAGAGUGGAAGUGGAAUCAAACGGAUAUUCUUGGGAAUAUGAAACAUUGGUUGUUGAUUGUGAAAAACAACCAACACCAGAGCCAGAGCCAAAACCUGCCGAACCUCCACAACCAAAUCCAAAACCAGAAGAUCCUCCAAAACCAGCAGAUCCUCCAAAACCAAAUCCAAAACCAGCAGAUCCUCCAAAACCAAAUCCAAAACCAGAAGAUCCUCCACAACCAAAUCCAAAACCUGCUGAACCAAAUCCAACUGAACAUCCAGGUUCAGAUCAAAGUGAUAUUUCACAGCCUACUGAAGAACAAAAUCAACUAGAUGAGAAAAAAGGUGGAAAAGAUGACAAUCAAAAUAAUAAGAAGAGUUUAGCCAUCGGUCUUGGCGUGGGAAUUCCUAUCGUUAUCAUUGUUCUUGCUGUUAUUGGUGUGGGUAUAUUCAUUCUAAUCUCAAAGGGAAUAAUUGGAAAAGGUCCAAUUACACCAUCAGACGAAGAAGGAAUUGAUGUGUAA